AUGGGCGCUGCAUUAGAAAAGGCUCGAGUGAUAGCUCAAAUUGUAGGGAUAAUCACGGCUACAUCAGCCGUUACACGAGCUGCAUCAGCCGUCACUACAGCAGCACAAGCUGUCACAACAGCUGCAACAGUGGUCGCAACAAGUUCAGUCAUUGGGACAGCUAUGGUCGGCGGGGUUGUCAUAUUCAAAUCAGCAUCAACCGUAUUUGACCUACUGCAAACAUACUUUUCAAAACCACCACAGUAUCCGCCAACAGCUCCUCACUAUGAGAUAACAGACAGUCCUCCUCCCUACUGUUCACUCGGUCCAGAACCACUGACACAAGACAAAUUGGUUCUCUUAGCUCGCGAGAGAUUAGAUAUGGAUGUGGUGAAGCAGUAUAACUUUGGUGUCUGCGGACAGAGUGGCACAGGUUAG